AUGGGGUCGACAGACCCACCUGGUGCCGAGAGGAGGAGGCCUGCUCCUCCGCCGCCGUCCCCUAUCGUCCACCUCUCCUUCAGCAGCGACGCGUCCUGCUUCGUCGUCGCCGGCACCUCCAGCGUGCAUUGGCUUUCAUGUGACACCUUCGGCCUGCGUGGCCUCUACCAAGAAAAAGAUGCCAGAAAGACCAUCGCCGCAGCGGCCGGCGACAUGCUCAGCCUCAAGGAAUCAGCAUGUGCCACCAUGAGCUGCGUCGACAGCACCAAGUUCUUCAUCCGGCGUUGGAAGCCGGGAUACAUGAACUACCACUGGCGGUACUUCGAGGGGGAGAAGACAUACACCGGAGGCGAAGACGACGUGCGGGCAGUGCGCGUUCACGGCGCGAAGACCGUCGUCGUGCUCGUCGACCGGCUGGAGGUGCUCGGCUGCAGGACCAAGGACACCGAGGACAAAGAGCUUUGGUUGCUGCACUCGGUGGUGACGGGGGGCAAUCCCCUUGGCCUCUGCGCUGUGUCACCAGGCGCGCCCUUCACGUUCGCGUGCCCCGGCGCCAGGGAUGGUGAGGUGCACGUCGAGCGGUGGGAGGACAAGGGGGAGGUCGCGGGGUCCGUGGUGGCCAUACGUGCACACUCUUCCCGCCUUGCAUCCAUUGCCAUGUCUUGCGACGGCCGGCUCGUGGCCACAGCUAGCGUCAGGGGCACCCUCGUGCGCGUCUUCAGCGCCACUGACGGCGCGUUGCUCCAAGAGGUAAGUGGCGGCGCAUAG